UUUCAGUUUCAGUUGCGAUUCCACGGCACAGCAAUGAGAACUUUGUGGAAAAUUACGGGGCUGCUCGGCCUCAUUUUGCUGACUCUGCAGCCAUCGACAGCCCUGCGUUUGCGUGGGGAGCAGCUUCCGGGUGUGGCUGGGCUCAGCAAACAUCGCAGCAGCGAGGCAGAUCCGGCCCCCGAGGGACGUGUGACUGGUGGCUCGACAGCCGCUGCGGACAGCUGGCCCUGGAUUGUCUCCUUGCAGAACAUCUACAGCUAUCAUCUGUGUGGUGGCGCCAUCAUCGAUAAUGAAUGGAUUCUGACAGCCGCCAGCUGCGUCUCUGGUUUGAGGCCACGCAACAUCCUUGUGGUCACGGGCACCACCGACUGGUGGAGUCUCUAUGCCAUCUACUACUUUGUGGACAGCAUUCAUGUCCACUGCAACUUCGACAAGCCGCUCUACCACAACGAUGUGGCACUGCUGCACCUGUCGGCGGCCAUCGAGUACAAUGAUAACACCCGCAACAUCACCCUGGCCGACAUUGACGAGCUGCAGGCGGGCGAACCUUUGACCUUUGCCGGCUGGGGCAGCCCCGAGGCGAGUGGCACCUACGAGCGAUACUUGCAGGAGGCCACGGGCAGCUAUGUGCCCGUGGACCAGUGCCGCACGCAGCUGGGUAACACCUCAGACGUGGAUCUGGGACAUGUGUGCGUGCAGCCACCGGCCGGACAAGGCGCCUGCCACGGCGACACUGGCGGCCCACUGAUCGACGAGCAGCAGCGACUCGUGGGCAUUGGCAACUGGGGUGUGCCCUGUGGUCGCGGCUAUCCAGAUGUCUAUGCACGUACGGCCUUCUACCACGAUUGGAUACGCACCACCAUGAACGGCUGCACCAUCAACUAGUCGCUCCCCGCGGACAUUGGUCAGCCAUCCAUUAGCCACAAACCACUAUCAGUUCUGGAGUUUUGUAUUGCUGAUUUAAUAAAUAUUAUGGGAUUUUUAUGGCAUGCCCAAAGUGUUGGGUUUUCUAUGGUCACCCAUGAUUGAGAUUGCACCAUGGA